UCCGGCGUUUCCUGCAGUGCUGAUUGGUUAAUUUACGAUUAGGGCGGGCGCAUUCUUGCUGUCCGCCAGGCAGCAGUGACUUCAGUAUUUUGCCGCGAGGAGCUCGUGGGACAGAUGAAACCCUCACCUGGAGGUAGACGGUCGUCCACAGUGCACCUGUUUAGACAAAGGCUGUCCAACCGUUAUGAAAAGCCUGAAAGCAAAAUUUAAAAAGACUGAGGUAAGAGCCAUCUGUUGUGGGGCAUCUUGAGUUUUACAGGUGGGUAUGUUUUAAUGGAGCACACCUGUCUGAUAUGCUACUUCAAGUUAUUUGGUUUUUAAAUUAAUGUUAAGGUGUUGAACUGGAAUGUGUUAUGUAGUCAUUUAUACAGUCCCAGGUUGCUUUCUGUGUGUAUGUGUAAUGGGGGGCAGUGGGAUUUGGUGUCACUGAGCAGCAGGAAGGCAGGACUGUCUCCAGACUGCGGCUGUAACCAGAGAUCUCAGGUAGCCCUCAAUUAUUCACAUGUACCUGCACACACACACAUGCACACACAAAUAGCUCCUAUUAUCCUGCUGUCAUGCUUUUUCACAUGAAAGCUGUUUAAAAUGUUAACUUUACUUUUUAAAUAAGAACCAACAGAGAAUUAUAGCAAUCCUCUACACGAUGCAGUGUGGUGUAUUCAAACUGAUAGGCUGCACUGAAAGUUGCUGGUUUAUCUAACUAGACUGCUUGUGUUAGCAUUUUCAUGCUGGUGAUGCUUUUAGAACAAUUAUAGGCUUUUCUUUGUGCUGUAUCACCCUGACUUAGUGGCAAUAAAGGUUACCUUUUUAGGUGAGACUGUGUGGAGUAUAACUUAGCACUCCAAGAGUCCAGAUAGGUAAAAUGGCUAGUUCGGGCUGUCCUGUUUUUGCGGUUUGUACCUAUUUGUGUUUGUGUGUCUUGCUUUUCUCCCGUUCCCUAUAAAUGACGUCCCAAACCUGCAGAGCAGCGUGCAGCUUAUCCAGCUCCCUUUUCCUGUUUUUGCUGAGUCCUCACAUCGCACAGGCCCUACUCUGAAGCUGCAGAGGCACAGAUCUGUGACGCUGACGCCAAGGGGUACUGUUGGAAGACCUGGCAAAAAAAAAAACUAAUGAAGAAAAGAAAUGAGGUGGCUAUAGAGCGGAAGGCACAAGAGAAAAUGUUAGGUUAGAGAAAGGAGGGCAGUGAGGAAAGGAGGGAGAGUAUGUGUGGUGCAGUGGAUAGACGGGCUAUGUCUCUGCUAGCAGCUGGAGCAGGACGAAAGGAUGCUGUUUUAAAUGCGGAGAGGGAGGACAGAAAAUAGCUGUGUUAUGUGUACGUGCGUCACAGUUUAUCUGUGACAGUCCUUCAUUUUCACUGGAGGUAUGAUUUGACGUGAGCAUAAAUUCUCUGGUAUGUAGAGCUUUGCUGUGUUUUUGCUCUGACCUCUAAAGGGUAGCUUAAAGAAACUUAGGAGUAACUGAUUUUUUUUUUCUCGAUCAUUUGGAGUGUGUUUGUAUUGUUAUGAAGCCAGGUGGCAGUGUGUAUUGUCAGAUAGGAAACACUGUAGUGGCUUCGUAUACUGUAGCUGUAGUUGUGUGUGACACCUUGUUACCAGUAUGGAUCCUCAACAGCCUGUUUAUAGCCUGAUGAAGAGGUUCUGUCCUUGUUUCAGCCUGCUACCACUGCCAAGUCAGGACUGGAGUAAGAGUGAUGAAAGGCUCUUGCAGGCUGUGGAGCAGAAUGAACCCGAUAAAGUCUUGGCUCUCAUUGUCAAAAAAGGUCUCUGUCCUACCAAGCUGGAUGCUGAGGGCAAGUCGGCGUUUCACCUCUCUGUAUCCCGAGGCCGGCUAGAUUGUCUGGAGGUUAUCAUCUCUCAUGGUGCAGACAUCAGCGUCACCGAUGGGGCUGGCUUCAGCGCCCUUCAUCUUGCAGCCAAAAAUGGCCAGUCUGAGUGCUUAAAGAGACUGUUACAGGAAAGAAUGGCAGUAGAUUGCACGGACAGCAUUGGAAGGACACCACUCCAUCUUGCAGCGGUCAGUGGCUGCAUGUCCUGCACUGAGACCCUGUGGGACUUUAAAGCUAAUCUGGAUGCCCAGGACACUGACGGAGCCACCCCUCUGUUAUUGGCAGCCCAGAUGAGUAGAGUGGAACUGUGUGUCUUUCUAUUGGGUCGAGGUGCAAAUGCAAACAUACAAGAUAAUCAAAGAAGGUCUGCGUUGAUGCUGGCCUGUGAGAGUGACAGCGUUGAGACUGUAGAGGCUCUGCUGAGAGGUGGGGCCAACACACAGCUGGUCGACGGCCUCGGACACAAAGCUACCGACUACAGCGUAACCACAGGCAACCAACGUAUCAUUGAGAUGCUGCAGGAUGGAGUACCUUCAGCCUUCCCAAAGCCCCUCAGCAGCUUCAUCAGUGCAAGGGGGGACUACCCCCCGCAAACGGAAAGCUCCUCCACCUCCUCGGUCUCCUCUUCAGGUACUAUGCAGGGUGUGCCACCUUCCCAAAAGUCCCAGAGUUCAGCUCCUCCUACCCACUCUCCAGAGACCCAUCAGUCCCAGUCCCCACCUCCCUCUCCCCAGCCUCAAGAAACCCAGCAGUCACCCCAGGCUGAAGACGAGGAGGUGUUUGAGGAGAUUCGGCGGCUGCGUCUGGAGAGAGGCCGUCUGCUCCAGAAGAUCAAAGCCUUGGAGCAGCAGCAGCAGAGCGCCCUCUCUGCCUUGGAGGAGCUUUCCCAACUAAAGAAACGUCUGGAGGAGGCAGAGGCAGAGAGGGACAAACUGCUUGAGGAACUGAAAGCAGUCCAUGGUAUUGGGGCGAGUGACUCUGAGGACCUGGAUGAAAUGCUGGACUUCCCAGAAAAGCUGCUCUCCAAGCGCUCCAGAGCCUCCCCUGCUCAGGAUGAGGCCUCUUCUCAAACGGACAUUGACUCAGUCAGCCCCUCUCCUGCCCCUGCAGACCCAGGAGCUGUUGCUGAGCUGCAUAAACAAAUAGAGGAUCUUACUUCCCAGAAUGCUGAACUUGUUCUGAAAGUUCAGAUGUUGGAGAUGUUUGAGAAGGAUGACACAGACAUGCAGACCUCCAGUUCGGACUUUGUCCCGCUCGUUCAGUAUGAAACCCUGAGAAAAGAGUAUGAAACCCUUCAGGAGCGCUUCUCUCAGGCCCAGGCUUCAGCGGAGGCUUCCAGUGUGGAAGAGCAGCAUGAUGAUGAGCGCUCUCAGGGAGGAGCUGCAGAUUCAGAGAAUACAGAAGCUCUGAAGGAGAAGCUGCGUGAGCUGGAGGAGCAGUUGGCCUCUUCCAAAUCUGAGCUGGAGGAGCUAAAGGAGCAGAUGCGUGUCGGGGUGCUUUCUGUGGAGUGUGGUAUAGGGGAUAUUGCUGCAGCAGGUGCUGGGGCUUCAGAGGAGGGCCCGAGCCAGGAGGCAGAGCAGCUGAGAGCCAGGGUGACAGAGCUGGAGGAGGAGCUUUCUAAAAGAACGGGUGAGGCUGGGGGUCAGAGCAGUUCGGACAGUGACAUAAUCAAACAGCUGACAGAGAAAGUAAAGGAACUCCAGGCUGCUCUGGACCAGAAGGAGUCUACAAAAGAGGAAGAGGAGAAAGAAGACAAAAUAGAAGAUACAGAAACAGUGAAGUGCCUACGUGACAAAGUUGCUAAGUUGGAGGCAGCCCUGGCAGAGAGCAGGAUAUCAGAAAAAGAUGGAGGCGGAGCAGGAGAUGGAGAUCAGGUCCAUCGUCUUCAGGAGCGUUUGCAUGAGCUAGAGGGAGAACUGAGGAAAUGUGUGCCCCGCUCGGAGCUGGAGGAGGUGCAGGUGAAUCUGGGACUCCAGUGUGAGCAGCUGGCAAGGGAGAGAGCGGAUGUGGCUAGAAGGCUCAACGAUGCCCUCCUGGAGCUGGAGAGAAUCAGACCUCCACCACAUGGAGAAGAGGAAGAUGAAGAAGAGGAGGAAGAGCAUUCAGAGAGUUCAGAGCCCUCAGUCAUAUCGGAGCACUCCAGACGCACCUUAGCAGCGGUGAGAGAAGAACUUGAAGUAGCGAGGCAGGAAGCAGCUCAGGCUCUGGAUUGUCUGUGCGCCGAGCGGGAGAGCCGGGCACAGGACGCCCUGCAGCUGAAGGACACGGUGCCACUUGCGAAACAUAAAGAGGCGCUGUCUGCGGUGUCAGAACAACUUGCUCAGACACUGCAAGAGCUCCAGGAAGAAAAAACCCUUCGGGGCCAGGCUGAGGAGCAGGCUGCCUCACUGGAGGCUAAACUGCAGGUCAUGCAGGAUGCCAUUCCCAAAGAGGAGCAUGAGAAAGUCAAGGCAGAGCUCCAGCACGCCCUGCAGGAAAGUGAGAGCGGUGCAGCAGCAGCUCGUGAUGCUCUGAGUGAGAAGGAGAUGGAACUGAGAGAGCUGAAAUCCCAGAAGGCUGCAGAACAGGGUCUGAUUUCUAAGGAGGAUCACGAGGCCCUUCGGCUCUCUUUGCAGGCUGAGAUCAACGCCAUCACGGCCCGUUUCAACGAUCUUACUCGUAAACACGAGAAGACCUGCACUGAGGUAUUCCAGGUACAAAGGGAGGCACUCUUUAACAAGAGUGAGCGGCAGGUCGCAGAGUCACAGCUCGCCACAGUUCAAAAACAACUUGCUGAACUACAAGCCCAGUCAACCCAUAUCCAGGAACUCCACAAGGACAUCCAGGAAUCCCAGAGCCUCGUGAAAGAGAAGGACCGCAAGAUAACAGAGCUGUCAAAGGAGGUGUUCCGACUGAAAGAGGCCCUGGGUGCUCUCUCGCCUCCUCUCGGAAUCACCUCUUCUUCCUCAUCAACCCAUCAUGGUAACCCUGGACAGCAAAUGGCUCUGCAGAACAGGAUUGCCAUCCUCACUCAACAGCUCCAGGAUUGGGAGAGAAAGCACAAACAAGUGGUGACUGUAUACCGCUCACACUUACUGGCAGCUGUGCAGGGUCGCAUGGAUGAAGAGGUGCAGCAUUUGCUACUCCAGAUCCUGAAGAUGACACACCAGGGGCACUGAACUUUAGAGCACCUGCAAGUUUCUCUCCAUCUCCAGUCCCCUCUACAGGGCAGCAUAGCAGCUCUAUCACAGCAGCCUGUGGGACCAGUACCCAGUAUAAAGCCAAAUACAACUGAUCUGUGGUCAGGUAUAGCUGCAUGCUUGUAAUGUAGUAACUCAAACAACCGAUAGAAAAAUGGAACAUGGAGUGCCUUCAUUGCGUAGUAUGUGAGGAGUUUAUGAAAGCAGAAUGUGAAUGUGACAGAGUGGAUAUUUAGACGAUACCAGAUGCAUUG